GGCCGCUUUCCAGGCGCCUCCUCGGGACCCGGCCGAGGUGGACAGUGAGGAGGAUGGGACCGGCCUCCGGGCUCCGUACGAGCUGCAGUGUCCUGUAACGGGGUGUCCUGCGUCCCCACGGUCCCUGGAGGCGGCGUUUACACCGUGGGGACCGAGGCCCCGCGUGCAACAGGCAGUGGGAGGCCCCCGGCCUGGGGCUGGGGGUGUACGGAGCGGCAGGGCCCGCCUGGGUCUGAUGGCGGCGGCGCUGAGGGACCCGCUGCGGCUGACUUAAUUGUCCUCAUCAUGGCAGGGCUGGGGGACCUUUGAGGACAUUGCCGUGUACUUCUCUCAGGAGGAGUGGGGGCUCCUUGACGAGGCUCAGAGGCACCUGUACUGUGAUGUGAUGCUGGAGAACUUGGCACUUGUGGCCUCACUGGGCCCUGAUGAUGGACAGCCUCACUGCUCUGAUCUCCAUUUCUCCCCCAUUCCCCGCCUUUCCUCCUUUUGCAGGGCUGUCCCAGAGCUCUCUCCUCUCCUGAUGAAAGCUGAGGAAUGAGUUGGAAUCUCUGCUUCUCCUCCCAGCCUGAACCUCACCCAUGUUCUCACAGGUGAUGGGCCCUCUCUUUCUGUGGCCUUCCUGGGCCCAGUCCUGCACCACUGGCUCUACUUCACCCUGACUUGAUCUACAGACUCAUUCCUGAAUGUGUCAGACACACAUCUGUGAAGGGGCUGCCCUCUCCCAACAAAGCCUACAUACAUGUCACCGGCAUUUCUCUGCUUUCAGAUUAUUGGUGUGGAGUGGAGGCUGAGGAAGCAUCUUAUGAGCAGAGUGUUUAUGUAGCAGUGCUCCAGUCCAGGACCCCCAAGGCAGGUCCAUCCAUCCAGAAGGCCAACACCUGUGACAUGCGUGACCCAGUGUUAAAAGACAUAUUACACCUGGCUGAGCACCAGGGAAUACAACCCAGGCAGAAACCGUACACGUGUGAGGCAUGUGGGAGAGGUUUCUGGCUCAGUGAAAACUCUCACCAGCACCAGAAGGAGCACAGUGAAGAGAAACCCUUCACAUGCAGGGAGUGUGCUAAGGCUGUCCUGGACAGCCAUGGCCUCUGGCCCCAGGCCACCCACAGAGAGGGGACAUCACACAGAAGCACCGAGUGUAAGGAGGCCUUCCCACCCAGCUCCAUUUGGCAGCAACAGCAGGGAGGCCACGCCUCACAGAAGCCCUUCAAGUGCAGCGACUGCGGACAAGCCUUCCUGAAGGCCUUUGCACUCCUCAACCACCUGAUCGCUCACGCCAAAGAGAGACCCUUCAGGUGCCCAGCAGGUGGAAAUGCCCCCAAGGAGAGCUCAACCCUGGUUCAUCACCGAAAAACUCACACUGGAGAAACAUCCCAUGUGUGUAAGGAAUGUGGGAAGGUGUUCAGCCACCUGUUUAGCCUGAGGACGCAUCAGAAAGUUCACACUGGAAAAGCGCAUCUCAGUUGCAGUGCAUGUGGGAAAGUCUUCACCCGCAAACACUCACUCACUCAGCACCAGAGAGUUCACACUGGAGAAAGGCCUUAUGAGUGUGACCAGUGUGGGAAAGCCUUCACUCGUAGCUUCCACGUUGUUCGGCACCAGAAAGUUCACAACACAGAGAGGCCUUAUGAGUGCAGACAGUGUCGGCGAGUCUUUAGCUGUAUCUCCAACUUUGUCGAGCACCAGAAAAUACAUACCGGAGAAAGGCCUUAUGAGUGCAGCAAAUGCGGAAAAGCCUUCGUUAACACCUCCCAUCUUGUCCGGCACCAGAAAGUUCACAAUACAGAAAGGCCUUUUGAGUGCAGUGAAUGUGGAAAAGCCUUCCAGCAAACCUCCAAACUUAUUCUGCAUCAAAGGAGUCACACUGGAGAAAGACCUUAUAAGUGCAACCAAUGUGGGAAGGCCUUCAGUUGCCCCUCCAACCUUGUUCCACACCAGCGAAUUCACACUGGAGAAAAGCCUUACGAGUGCUCCGAAUGUGGGAAAGCCUUCAGUCAAAGCUCUGCCCUCAUUCAGCACCAGAAAGUUCACACCAGAGAAAGGCCUUAUGAGUGCACUGAAUGCGGGAAAGCCUUCAGCUACAGCUCUAACCUUGUUAAGCACCAGAAAGUUCACACCGGAAAACGGCCUUAUGAGUGCAGCCAGUGUGGGAAGGCCUUCAGCGAAAGCUCCAUUCUCAGUCAGCACCAGAGAGUUCACACUGGAGAAAAGCCUUAUGCGUGUAACAAAUGCGGAAAAGCUUUCCGCUACAGCUCAAACCUCUCUAAGCACCAGAAAGGUCACACUGGAAAAGAGCCAUCUGAGUGCAGUGGACAUAGGAUCGCCUUCAGCCAGAGCUCCAGCCUCCCUCAGCCCAGAAAGGUCACACCAAAGAAAGGCCUUAGGAAUGUGGCAAGAGUGGAUAAGCACUAGUGGGGACCUUCUUGUUCCAUAAAAGGACUCACUCCUGAGAAACGCCUAUGCAAGGAACCUUUGUGAGGAAGCCAUCAGCCAAAAUUUGAAACUUGUGCAUCCCACACCCCUACUGGGAGAUUGGCUGUAGUGCCAGUGGGAAGUGGGAAGCUUGCAGGAGCUAUGCUGCACUUUCUAACCUGUCCAGGUGCUUUGCCAGAUUAUGUCACUGCCAGAUGCCCUCUCACUUCUACCAGCUGGCAGGUCCCCACACCAUGUGCCUGUCAUCUCAACAUACUCAGGGAAUGCAGGCUUGUGUUCUCAUUCCCUGGAGGGAGCCAUAAACGUUGGGAGCCCAUUGGGGUGGCCUCAUUUUCCACCUCUCCCCUGUCCCCAGUGGCUCAGGCGUUGCCCUGACAUAGUUCUCUCCAGGAGGAUCUGAACUGGAGUCUGACGACGUCCAGUGGAAGCUUCCUUCUUCAUGGGCAUUGUUGAGUCUACAGAUGAUGCCUGCAAUGAAUUGGUCCAGCCUCCAAAUCACCCAGCCUUGGAACUGCCUGCCUGCACAGUGUGAUAAUAAAGACCUUAUUGCUGAAGCCAUCUUUAAUCCUGAGACUCCGUCCAUUGUGUAUGGGG